AUGGCUGACGUAGAAGAUCUUACCAAUCUCGCUAAACCAACUUCAGAUGCAACUUUGACAGUGCGUUGCAUCAAGAACUUUGAAUAUCGUACCUGCAAAAACCUUGUGCUUCAACAUGUCAACUUGGAAACAAGCACAGUGGGCGACUUAAAAAAGUUAGUUUUAGAAAAAAUCCACUCACAACCUGGAUGGAAGCCUUAUUUGAACGUUAAAUUUGAUACCCUCAAGGUUUAUACAGUUGCUCAUGGUCAUAAGACUAUGAAUCUGAUCAUCAAUGUCGAAGACGAUGACAAGCUAAUCCUCGCUGAUGAAGAUGCCGUUUUAGCAUGGCAAGGUCUUGAAAAUGAAACCGAAUUGUCCUUUUUCAACAUGGCAGACUACCAAGAGUUUAAGACCCACCCUGAUACUAUGAAAUGGUAG